AUGACAUGGAGAUCAGGACCCAACGCGCCAGUCUCCGGCAAACUCGGCUCCGCGACGUCCCUCGGUAACCUCGUCUGCAUCCGCGUCGCCGGGAGCCCGGAGAUCCACGUCUACGACACCACGAAACAGGACUGGUUCCUAACACCGCCGUGUCCCCUCGACGCUUGUAGCUUAGUCACCGUGAAUAAUACACUCACCGUUGUCGGGGGUAGAGUCGACGCGAGCGUUACAAAUCUUCUGUACAGCAUCCAUCUAAAGUCGUUCCAUGCGGUGAAAAGACAACCGUGGAAAGAGCAGUUCCCCCCGAUGCUCACUAAACGGAUGUUUGCCAUGGCCGUGUCGAGCGGGAACGUUUUAGCUGUCGCCGGGGGUUGGAACGGUCACCAGGCGCUGCGAACGGUUGAGAUACUACGCCUCGACCGUGACCCUAUGUACUGGACUCGAGUGUGCAGCCUUCCGUCGCCAGUCUAUUCCGCAUCGGCGUGCAUCUCCAAAGGAAAGCUCUACGUUCUCGGAGGGUUCACCCAGAAAGGACCCACCAAAGCCGUUUUGAGCGCCUCAAUCUCUUCUCUGCUCGAUUCGUCGAAGGACGGGGUCUGGCAUCGACCCACAAGUCUCCCAACUUUGCGCUCGACGUGCGUAACGUUCAACGACCAUCUUCUGUCGUUUGGCGGGGAGAACGAUAACGAACAGGGGCACCGAUCAUUAUCGUCGUCGGGGGCAAUAAACGACAAUACCAGGGAAACGGGAGCCGUGUACGAGUACAGCACGACGGACGGAGAGUGGUACAGAAUCUCAGAGAUGCCAGUCUCGCGUUGCCAGAGCUGCGUUGCUACGGUGACAGAGAGACGCGAGGUAAUGGUAGUCGGAGGUCACUCGGGGUCAACUGGGAGAACUCAAACAGUACAGAUUGCUACUGUUGACCUGUAAUUGUACAACACUGUCAACUGAGGUGUACAUCUGUGUAUGUAUGUAUGUAUGUAUUCAAUGAGAAAGUGGCUUUUUUGGUUGCACAUUUUUAUGCAUCGUGUCACUCAUUCCAUUUUGCUCACUAUGUUGUUGUUGUUGCACUGUUUCAUGGCCGGUAUUCAUGUUGUUGCACUGUAUGUAUGUAUAAUACAUUAAGAUAAUCUUUG